AGGUACUGAGAGAGAAGCAGACCCACAGACAUCUCAGCAGGACCUGCAGGCGAGCAACAAGAACAACAACAGAGACAAACAACAGACAACAUGGUGAUGAUGAAGAGCCCCGUCACUCUGGCGACCUGCCUCCUGCUUCUCUCAUUUCUCGUUCUUCAGACACAAGCCAACUUUGGUCCAGAUGAAUGCUGCUUCAAGUUUGUCCCAAAGCUGCCGAAGAGAGGUGUGGUGAGCUUCAGAUACACAGACUCCCUGUGUCCCAUGAAAGGCGUGCUUUUUACAAUGAAAAAUGGUAAAGAGUACUGUGCCGACCCGGAUCAGGACUGGGCAAAGGAAAUCAUCAAAAGCAAGGAAAAGAAUCAGACCAAAGGAGUGAGAGACUCCACCACCACCACUACCACAGUGUUCCAGUGAUAUCUACCCCAACCUGUCAACGCUCGCUGAGCCAAGCUGAUGUACUGGUGGAAACAUUUACCUUAAGCUCUCUCUACCUGUGCACUGAGAAUUUUUUUAAAUAUAUAUAUAUAUUUUUCAAUAAAUGCAAACAUCACUGAAA